CCAAGCUGCCCAGCCAAGAUGGCGGACUUAGAGGCGGUUUUGGCUGAUGUUUCCUACCUAAUGGCGAUGGAAAAAUCGAAAUCCACGCCAGCGGCUCGUGCAAGCAAGAAAAUCAUCCUACCUGAUCCAUCUGUUUACCAUGUAAUGCACAAGUAUUUGAGCGAGAGGGGAGAGGUACAGUUCGACAAAAUAUUCGACCAAAGGAUAGGAUACCUGGUUUUCAAAGAAUUCUGCGAAACUCAGUGCGAUGAACCAGUUCCUCAACUAGCUUUUUAUGAAGAUAUUAGAGAGUAUGAAAAACUCCAAUUCCAAGAGGACAGACUGAAGAUGGCUCGAGAAAUAUUUGACAAGUACAUAAUGAUUGAGCUCCUUGCCUGUUCUCAUUCUUUCUCUACAAGUGCUCUGGACCAAGUGCAGAGUUCAAUAACAAAAAAAGAACUUCCAUCUACGCUGUUUGAGCCAUACAUGUUGGAAAUCAGAAACAGCUUAAGAGGGUCAAUCUUCCAGAAGUUCUUGAAAAGCGAUAGAUAUGUCAGAUUUUGUCAGUGGAAAAAUGUGGAGCUUAAUAUUAACCUAACCAUGAAUGACUUUAGUGUACAUAGAAUUAUUGGUCGUGGUGGGUUUGGAGAGGUUUAUGGAUGCCGAAAAGCUGACACUGGAAAAAUGUAUGCCAUGAAAUGCCUUGACAAGAAGAGAAUCAAACUGAAACAGGGAGAAACAUUGGCACUGAAUGAAAGAAUUAUGUUGUCCAUGGUGAAUAAUCCAUUCAUUGUGUGUAUGACAUAUGCCUUCCAAACUCCAGACAAACUUUGUUUUGUUUUGGACUUAAUGAAUGGUGGUGAUUUGCAUUAUCAUUUGUCCCAACAUGGUGUCUUCAGUGAAGAUGAUGUACGAUUCUAUGCUUCAGAAAUAAUUCUGGGAUUGGAGCAUAUGCACGAUAGAAAAAUUUGCUAUAGAGAUUUAAAGCCCGCAAAUAUUCUGCUAGACGAACAUGGUCACGUGAGAAUAUCAGAUCUUGGCCUUGCCUGUGAUUUCUCAAAGAAGAAGCCACAUGCCAGUGUGGGAACCCACGGCUACAUGGCGCCUGAAGUUUUAAAGAAGGGUGAAGCAUACGACUCUUGUGCCGACUGGUUUUCUCUCGGCUGUAUGCUUUUCAAAUUGCUUGUUGGGCAUAGUCCAUUCAGACAGCACAAAACAAAAGACAAGCACGAGAUCGAUAGAUUAACGUUAACUUACGACGUAGAAUAUCCAGAAACGUUUUCUGAAGAAAUGAAGUCACUACUCGCCGGUCUCCUCAACAGAGAUGUCCCCAGCAGACUUGGGUGCAGAGGCUCAGGGGCUACAGAAGUGAGACAACACGAGUUUUUCAAAAGUAAUGAUUGGAAAUUAGUUGAACUCUUAAAGUAUCCACCGCCACUUGUGCCUCCAAGAGGCGAAGUGAAUGCCGCUGACGCAUUUGAUAUCGGCUCAUUCGAUGAAGAUGACGUCAAAGGGAUCAAGAUGACAGAUCAAGAUCAAGAGAUUUAUAAAGACUUUAACUUAACCGUGUCAGAGAGAUGGCAGCAAGAAAUAGCUGAAACAGUAUUCAAAGUUGUCAACGAAGAACAUGAUAAGUUAGAAGCCAAAAAGAAAGCGAAACAUCAAAAUUCCAUAACGGUAGCAGAGGAUGGAGACCGUUUGUUGGAAGGCUACCUUUACAAGUUGGGAGGCACACUCAUGAGUAAUUGGCCAAGAAAGUACUUUCAUCUCUUCCCCAAUCGACUGGAGUGGCGAGGCGAGCAAGCUGGGCAAAUGCCGAGUCUUUUGUGUAUGGAGAAUAUAACGGGGGUGGAAGAGACACACGUCAAAGGUUUUAAAUGCAUAAAAAUCAGCACUAACAUCCGGGAUAACAGGGACCAUAUUCUCAGAGCAGAGACCGAGACUGAAUUUCAAGAAUGGAUGAAGGAGAUCAAACAGUCAUUCCAGCAAGCGCAAGUCAUGAUGCGCGCAGGCGCCAAAAUUAUGAGCUCUGGUCAUCGCUACAUCACGCAAUACAGCAAAGAAGAAAACGGCCCUGUGUCGCCGUGAACUGCCCAUUCUCACGCAAAUCACUCGAACAUGUAUAUACAGAGAUACAGAGAAGUCAAACUUGAUCAAGCCUUUAAUGCUACACACGGUAAAACGUGACGCAGUAGAUAGGCUUUGUAAUGAUCGGUGCAACAGUUGUCCAUUGUGUACAUGGCCUGUCUGCGAGUCAGGAGCGCUAAGCGUGUAUGAUACGCAGAUUGCGCAGUACAGUAGGGGACUGGGAAGAGAAUUGUUUGGGAUCAUUAAGAAUCGAGUAUAGAAGAUUUUAUUAGUAGUUUUAGGUCUGUUAUAAAGCUGCCCACGAAGUUGCAAAUUAUUCAUCAGUCAUUUUAUUCAUUUUACUUUCGUCUUUAUCGAUUCUGUCAAGUACCGACAGCGUACGAGACCCCUUCGUGCAGCGACAACUAGAAAGAAAAUUAUGAUGUCCAUAGGUUUAUUAUGAAAUUUCUUCAACUUUUUCACUUGUACAAAUUCGAAAGUAAUAAUUAACUUAAAACAUUAACGGAUUUCUGCCAGCUUCAUCUCUGAAUGUAGAUGUGUUGUAGAUGGCUUUUCGCUGAAGGGAAUGAUGCAAUUAGACGUAAUAAUGCUAUAUACAAAACAGAACUUUGGAACAUUUACAUCGAACUGACACAGCGGCAAAUUUUCAACCAUAUCAACGUGAUCGGACGGAAAAAGGGUAAUGUUUCUUGUCGACGCUGUAUGUAUUUAUUGCAAGACAAUAUAAUUGUAGCGCUGUCUAAAGAUGGCCCUGAAAGUUUGUCUUCGCCCUUGUAUAUGAUUUGUAUUCUCGAGAAAGCUUCACAUAACUUCCACGAACUUUUUAGAUCGCUAGUACUUCUGUAGAGGUGAACUUAUAUCAAGGUUUCUUUUCAAUUAUUAGUCAGCCGGCAAAGUACCUCCGUGAUCAGUUGGAAAUUGGAAAUUAGUAUCUACCCUGGUCUAACCAAUUAAGCUGAGAGUAGGAGGGGAGUGAGGAGUUUGAUCAUGUUCAUAAGCUUUGAUCAAAAGCCAAAUUCUCCUAGCUUCCUUCAGAUAAUGAUACAAAAAAAAAGUGAGGGGAAUUUAGUAUUGUUCUUAUAAAAGACGAUUCAGAGGUGGUAGAAUUAACAAUUUAAUUCCAAAUGGAAAUUGAAUGAUCGGCGAGAACAUUGACGAACGAAAGAGCUAACCCGAAAAGAUUAAAUAAAAGAUAGAAGUCGCCUAAAGUAUUACAUUCUAUAAACUUAAAAAUUAAUCUUCCUCCGAGAGCCGAUUUUAGAGACUACAAAUAAGAAACAGUUGUGUUGAUCUAUAGGCUUUUUAUAUUUCUUUUGCCGGAUAACGUUAAGUAAAUUUCCUGUCUCUUUUAAAUACUAGGGACUUUGCGACUUAAACUCAAUUAACACAAAUGGGUCAUAGUAUGUUAGAGAAUCUCGGGGCCUGUGACGAUUGUGGUCGCUGGUUGUGUGGUCUUCAAAUAGGUAAAAAGUAUCAUACUCGUUGUAAAAGUAACCCUGAGAAAUUAAACCUCAUGGUUUGCCUUCUUUGAAAAAGUAGAGUAAAAUAAAGGAGUUUUUAUGUG